CACCACCAGCAUCGUAUCUGCACCCAUCCACUUGCGUCGAUGCACCCCAUCUUUCGGUGAAGAGCGCGCAAGAAGCUGCUGUUUUGAUGCUCGGCCAGGGUUAUUCGCAAUUUCUCCCCUUCCGGCUCUCGUCGUCCUCCCUCGCCGUGUCUCUGUCCGUGUGCACGACGGCCUAGAUGUCCCCCAGCAGAACACGUAGGCUGGCUUCAAGCUAAGCCAUAUCGAUCGAGUCAAAGAUGCGUCGAGAAUGUACCUUGCUCAGAAACAUGUCCUCCUUGCCGCCUUUGCAGCCUUCAUUGCGUGGGGUCUUGCCGUGCGCAGUCUGCCCAUCCUGCGCUACCUUGGCUAUGCCUUCACACUUGGCUGUCUCGUCACCCUCUCUUCGGUCAUUGCUGCUACAUUGGUCGUCUCCCGGGCUAGAUCAGGUGUUCCCGAUUCCCAUUCGCUGCCGUUCACACCUCCCACAUUUUUGAGGCCUGAACGAUGGCGAUCCGAGCUGUCCACUUUCGAAACGUCUCGCCAAUACAAGCCGAUACACAUCUACGACAAAUCGUUCGUGGUCUCUCAGGCACUAGAUGUUUUGGUUGGACUUGCCCUCAGGGACUUUGUGUCAUCAUGGUACCGUAAUAUCACAAGGAGCCCAGUGUUCGUGAACGAGGUGGACAAAAACAUCCGGACAGCCUUGGUUGAAAUACGAGAUCGCAUUGUCAAUGAAGAUAUGGUCAACGUUAUCGUCUCUAGGGUCGUUCCCAUAAUCACCACACACCUCCGGGAUUUCGACCAGGCAGAGCGCCUUGUACGAGGCCGGAGCCUGAACCGCAGUGUGACCGAGUCCGAAGAGCUCGAGCUGGCUAUUGCAGCUAAAUACAACGAUGGGAAGCUGCAUCCUGCAGCCUCUCUCGGUUACUCCGACACUAAGUCAAUUCAACAAGAGUACCUCCGAAAAAUCCUGGUUCGCAUCCUGCCAGAUGUCCUCUCGCCAGCCAUGAUAGGUUCCCGGGCUACACUUGUCCUGGUCAAGGAGAUUGUUGCAUGUGCUGUUCUUUUUCCAAUCGUGCAACUCCUGUCGGACCCGGACACAUGGAAUCAAAUUGUCGAAGCUUAUGGGCGUACCGCCCUCCAAGAUCGGAAGACGGUGCGUCGCAUGAGGGCUGCUCUUGACCAGCACGCUUCUCCUGUCCCUAGAAUGAAAAGCGACCAAGAUCUACCGCGAUUGGCCCCAAAUGACAGCGAACGGGCUUUUGAGCGAUUCGUUAGAGCCAUCCGUCAAACUAGAAACUUGUCGGACGCUCGGAGGUUUCGGAAUGCGAUUGCGAGUCAGAUCCAACGCGAGAGUAUAGUUGAGGGCCAGGAUCCUGUCUAUCUACGAAGAUUGGAGAUGGCGAAACGAGUGCUCGAUCAGAAAAUUGGAAAAUUAAGCCAGGCAACGACCGUUUCUAAAGCAGUGCCUUCGCAGCCAGCACCGCCGCCGAGUACCAGUGCCAAACCUCAUGAGUGGACCCUGGUGGAGAUUAUGCACACUGCCUCCGGGCUUUCCUACUUCAUGGAGUAUAUGGACCGUCAGCACCAGAUGCCUCUGGUGCAAUUCUGGGUUGUGGUAGACGGUUUCCGCAACCCGUUAGAAGAUGACUUUGGUGAUGAAUUGAACCCAGCAAGUCAACAGGCAUGGACAGACGCCGAUCGAAUGGAUAUUGCGCAAAUUAGCGAGACUUACAUGUCAAAGCCCGAGUUGAAGACCCCGCAAGAAUCCAAAGAUGCCAUCCGGUCUUUUCUGGCGGCAGGUAGAAAGGCUACACCACAGCAAUAUCGAGCCGCAAGAACCGCCAUCCUCUCUGCGCAGUCCGCCGUUCUGGAGGAACUCGAGACAAGGCAUUUGCCUGACUUUCGCAAAUCAGACCUGUAUUACAAGUUCCUUGCUUCUAGCGAAGCGUCCGCAACACGUCCCCGCCUGCAAAGCACUUCUGAUCUUGAUGAAAUGAAUGGUGCUAAUUCGCCACUUCUGACCAAAGCCGCAACACAAGCGCCAUCAAUGGUCAGGACGAGCUCUCAACCCGCUUUUCGAGCGAAGGAUCUGAGGAGAGCAGCCGUAUCUUCGUCCGACGUUCGUAGUUUAGCCUCUUCCAAGCUUUUUGACGAUGCGGAUGUUGUGAAGCGUGCUGGGUCUUCAGCUCCUCUCUUCGACGAUGGGUAUGACACUGACCCAUUAGCGCACUCAACACAAAGCCUGGGUCAAGAAUCAUUGAACGGUGAUUCUGUAGAGCAACGACGGGUCAUUGAAAAUAUGGAAGCAGCCAUGAAUAACAUCAUGACUGACAAUCCACUGGAGGAAAGUACAGCCUAUGAUGACGACGCUCUCUUUGGGUCACCCGUUUCUGGCUCAAAGUCCAUCAGGUCCAAGCAAUCGCCGCGUGGCUCACUUGACAUGCAGAUCAGCGACUUUGCAAACAGGCCCAAGCCCAGUCUAGCGACUCUGGGCUUGGUCAACACAGCCUCACGGAUUGGCGUCUUCUCUGACAAUGACCUAUUCCCAGACGAAGAGAAAUUCAUCGAAGAUGAGUACGUCGACAAGGUUGAUGGCAAAGACGACGAAGUAGGGGAGGAUGAAAUCCAUGAAGCGGCGCCUGGCGACCUUGGUCUCGCAGAGGCCAUUACCGCACUGACGAACGAUAUUGAGCGUCUUGUGUCUCAGGAAUCCGUGGUAGACACAUUGACCCGCAAAGCUGAGUUAACCAACAAUGUUGCGGAACUGCGAAUCCUCAGUAAAUCCAAAGCCAGUCUGCAAAGGGAAAUUCGUCGCAAAGAAUUACAACGCCAGCAAUAUAUCGUGCAGGAGAGCGAUAAUAGUUUGUAUGGUCGUUCCAGUAUCUCGAUCAAGUCAGUCGUUGUAGGUAAGGAAGAUGAUGGUCGAGAAUUCGCGCUUUACAUCAUUGAAGUCCACAGGCAGGCAGGAGAUCAAAUGCCGGCUGCAGUAUGGGCGAUACCUCGCCGAUAUUCUGAGUUUCAUGACCUGCAUCAGAGGUUACGCCGAAGGUAUCCUUCGACGAGGAACCUCGAAUUCCCUCGGCGAAGAGUGGUGAUGAAGCUCCAAAAGCAAUUCCUCCAAAACCGGCGCCUUGCUCUGGAGCAUUACUUGCAACAACUCCUCCAAAUGCCGGAUGUAUGUCGAAGCCGCGAGCUGAGAUCGUUUCUGUCACAGCGGAGUAUCGCGUCCCACAAGGAGGCAAACACUGUCUCGAAUGCACAGGACAUCGUCAGCCGGAUUUACAACUCGGUUACCGACGGUAUGGAUGAAUUCCUCGGGAAUGUCUCUGUUCUGGACCAGUUAUCCGUAGCAGGUCAGAAUCUAAUCUCUGCUGCUACGAGUCAACUUGGAAUGAGCCAAGGCGAUAUCGUUCCACUUGAUCCAGGCCCUGUGGCUGAGGCGGAAGCUGAACUGCAGGCCUUUGAAGACAAAGAGCUGGAACCAUUCGUCAAGCCUAUAUGUGAUGCUUUCCUCGAGACGUUCGAGCUCAAUCGAGGCAACAAUUGGCUCCGUGGGCGCGCCGUGAUUGUUGUUCUGCAUCAGUUGCUUGGUGGCACCAUCGAGCGCAAGAUCCGCGAACUUGCCAAGGGCGUCACCACGGAGGAGUCACUGCUCAAGUACAUUGACAUGACCAAAGAGACGAUGUGGCCUGGAGGUGGACCCUUGCGAGCGACAAAGGCACGAACAGCUGCGGACAAGAAGAAGUCCCGAACCGAGGCGUCAAUGAUGCUGGCGACGCUUGUGCCCGAUCUGGCGGCUAAUGUAGUGGGAAGAGCCAAUGCGCAAGCUGCUGCUAGGAGGAUUUCUGCAACAAUGAACAACACUCGGCUCAACCAGCAUCUGGUGUUCACUAUACUGGAUGAACUUGUUGGAGUAUUAUUCGACCCUUUGAAGAAGGCCUAAUCAAGACCCUUCUCGAGGCUUUGUGUUGUACGGAGUACGCCAUUUGGCGACAUCGAGCGGCCUGGCAAACAGGAGGGGAGAAUGCUCGAGCAUGUACGAUGUAGGUACGGUACUUCACGACUCGUGGGCAAGUGCUGUAAGGGUGUCAAUGCCCUGUGUCAUGGAGAGAAAAGAGUUCCUGUAACCUCGAUGGAAGGAUCUAAUGCAAUGAAGUUUCAUGGACCCGGCCUUUUAUUCCUAGUUCAGAUGUAUAUACGGCAGCCCGAUGCAGAGUUCCAUUCCCACUGAGCAGAC